UUUUCUUUUCCGAACUGGUGGAAGCGUCCAUGAUGUGACUGUGGCGAUGAGAUCUCGGCGUUGGAUACGUUGCUCGCUAUGGUUUAUCAAGCUGUAAUCUCGCAUUUUAACACAGCUUGCUUGUGACUGUCGUGCAGCUGUGCAUUGUGGAUCACCUAAACCAUGGAAGUGUUGCAGGACGGUGACCCGAACUUCCGAGCUGACAACAUGUUCUCGCAGGAGGACUACAAUUUCAUAUUUAAAGAGCUGAGCGAGGAUGGCAUAUAUGAAGCCCUCCUACAGGACUUGAGUCCGACCGACAGCCUGAGCUUCUUUGACAAGCACCUGCCGUUGGACUCAAUCAGUCUGCCAGACUCUAUGAGCCUGCCAGACUCUAUGAGCCUGCCAGAUGUAGACGACAUCAAUAUCAAGAUGGAGCCAUCCUCUCCAGGCUCUUCCACGCAGUCGUCUUGCAGUUUUCCUGAUCCUGAUUUAUUUCUAAAUGACGUAAGCACAGUCGAACAAGCAUAUGCUAAUGACGGAGCGGCGUCUGGUGGUGAGGGGUCAGUACCUGAGACACCACCGGACACGCCUCCAAACGAGGCUGGCUUCAGCACACCUCCCCACCACUUCCUAGACAGUCCAGCGGUCACUGUUACCGUGACAACAGAGCCGCACGAAAUGGUCACAUCAAGUGCAGUGCCUUUCACGCCAGUAUCGCUCACCCCACCAUUGGUGUCUACAGUCGUCAACGGUGGAACUGGCACCACACAGGGCACGGUUGUGGAUGCCGGAGGGACACAGACGCUGAUGCUCACCGCUGAGGAGUUUGCCCAGCUGACUUCUAGAGGAGUGCUCACGCUCAAGACCUCUCCCGUGGCUCCAAAGCCCGCUCCUGCUGUUGUCCCCGCAGCUACAUCCCUUCCUGUUAUAAGGGGGGCUAGGGUGCCUGUAGUAAAGGCAACUAUUAAGACAGAACCCAUCACCGCUCCUAAGGCUCACAAGAUCCUCUUGGGUAGUGCCAACGCCCUGUUUCAACAUGCUGACAACAAAGCAUUAAAAAGGCAACAAAGGAUGAUAAAAAACAGGGAGUCUGCCUGCUUAUCUAGACGGAAGAGGAAAGAAUAUGUACAGAAACUAGAACUCCAAGUUCGGGACCUAAACAACCAGAACUCUAGGUUGAGAGAAGAAAACAUGCGACUUAGGCAUCGAGUAGCUCAACUUGAGGGAGAGUCCCUAGCACAGAAAAAAGUACCUGUAUCCGGAGCGCUGAAGAAAACAACAGCUCUUUUGGCUGUGGUGUUCAUGUUGUCUCUCAAUAUAGCACCCAUAAGUGUUAUGCUGUCAGGAGGAGGACAAAACGCUGCAGGAGGAGUCGCGUUACCAUUACAACAACACCGCAUGGGACGGUCGCUUUUGUGGUCACAGUCAGACAUGCCGUCAGAUGACAGCCCAUAUGGACCUGACAUUCCUUCAGACUCGGACCUAGCUGCCUCAGCUAGUGAGUUCCUCGAUGGCUUGCACGGGCCUCAUGUAAAUGCAUCAUCAAAAUGUCCAACUUACAUUAACCAAACUGAGUCUCGCAGGCUCGAAACAGAGCUCCGCGGGUUUGUUCUUCGUGUUGAAACAGAAAGCUUGAGGCGGAAACAGCAACGAAAAGUGAGGUUACCGAGGCCUGCAAAGCCAUCGUCACUAAAGCCCAAGCUUUGGGCAUGGGCAUACAGGACUGUCUAUGCAACAGACUGGCAUGCCCAUAGGGGCCAAAACUUCCUACAGCUUUACAAAGCGUCACAUCGUAAUUAUGAAGAGUUCUACCAGGCGAUUGACAGGAGGGAUGAUACUUUCUACUUCGUCUCCUUCUCUGGGGAUCACCUCCUCCUCUCUGCUGCACCUCAGAAUCGUACCAGCAGGCCUAAAAUGUCACUCGUGAUGCCUGCUAUGAUGCUCAAUGAAUCAGUGGGCCAUUCUAAGGACCACGUAACCUUAAUGCAAAUAGACUGUGAAGUGACAAACACUAAGAUGGUGUACGUGAAAGAGUCUGUGAUACCACCCCAUCUAAGAGAGCCACCUGAAAAUCGGACACAAGGUGCCGAUGCCCCACCCAGCAACACCUCCGAAAGCAAUGUUGGUCCAGCAGAUGCGAGUACCCUUAUCAAGGUACCCCCAAGAGCUCUACGACGACGGAGUGCUAGACCACCUCGAGGCGGUGGACAGUGACGACGUGUGUGUAGACGCGGCUGCGCAUUCUGUGGCACGUGUAAGUUAUUCAAGGGUCACCGUGCGGACCUACGCACCUUCAGGUGAAAACUACAGUGCAAAGCAUGAUUUGGUGCAAUGGAGAAGUGUUCUGGUUGCCGUGCAACUGAUCUCAAACAAAGAAGCGCUGUGCGUGGAACAAUAUUGUGCAACUAUUUGAGUGUUCUUGCAAUUUGUUUUUACUGUUUUCUACAUUUCUGACGUGCAAAGUCUUGUGAUUGACUCAUUUCUCCAAUCGACUAACCUUGUGUUUGCUGACCAACAGCGAGGGAGGCUCCGCCUCCUGGAUUCGGGCCAAUAGGAGGA